AUGGAUAACAACGGAAACGAUGUUGAAGGAAUUGUGUUAUGCAAUGGCCUAGAUGUUUUAACUUUUCCAAAGCAACUAUUUGUUUCUGAAGGCCAACGAAAUGUGAAUUUAUUGUGUAAAGUACCUGGUGGUCAAUCAAUCGACUUUUGCAUUGUUAAAGUACCAGGAGUACCUGCUCCAUUUGCUAGUAGUGAACGACUUCCGACUCCUGUGCCAGGUAUUACUUUCUACGGAGAAGGAUGGAGCCAAGGAUCAUGUGGAGUUACAUUGGAUAGAAUUAUUCCAGAAUAUGAUGGUAUCUUCGAGUGUACUGUCGCAAUAAAUGGACAAACACACAAAGGAACAAUAGAAAUUAUGAUUAAAGUUCCUCCCUCACCUCCAGUGAUAGAAUUGUCUAGCAAUAUAGAUGCCAGAAAUGGUGAAUUUGACUAUGGAAAGCCUCUUGUGGCGAGAUGUAUUUCUAGAAAUGGAUGGCCAGGUGCUGAACUAUCCUGGUACUUAGAUGAUGCUCCAAUAACUCAAGAAUUAGGAGCAGCCUUCUCGGAAACUGUACGAAGAAAAACAACUGUCCAGCAAUUCUUUCGAAAAUCGGUGGCCGUGGAAGACAAUCGAAAACGACUAAUAUGCCGAGCAACACACGACUCCUAUCCAAGUGGAUAUGUGGAAACGAUACUACCUAUUAAACUUAGAAAAUCAAACAAUACGAAAUAUGAAAGUAAGCAACACGAGUUAAGAGAAAUUAAACCAUCACCUCCACAGCUUGUUAUCUCAAGUGACAUUCACACCAGUAACGGCUCAUUCAAAAUAGGAUCAAGCAUGGUUAUUCAAUGUAUAUCACGUGACGGUACACCACCGGCAACAUUUUUGUGGUUUUUAGAUGAUCAGCUUAUUUACGAAGGCCUUUCGUCUCCAUUCGUAUCUCGUGAUGACCUAGGAACCAGUACCGUUCAGCAAGUACUACAACGCCAAGUACAAGAAAGCGACAAUGGGAAAAAAAUCAUUUGUAAAGCGCGGCACCCGAGCGGUUCAACCGAAACUCAGCUUAAAAUAACAACUUUCGAAUGA